AUGAAUCCAGAAAGGUCCAAUGUUCCACUCUCGUAUAAAACCCUCGCAUGCUCACACAAUUUGCAUAUGCAAAUACGAGAAGAAAAAGAAAUAUAUACAUUUCUUCUCUUUAUGGCAGAUCCCACCCCUCUCCUCUGCCAACCCAACCUACCAUCAUAUCACACACAAGAACAACCACCGUCACCAACCAAGAAGCACCACCCAUCGCUGGGAUCCACGGUGGAACUCUGCAUAGGCGAGUUCAACUGGUCCCAGUUCCUCCAAUCCGUCCUCGUCUCCGUCGCCUGGCUCUUCGACGCCCAACAGACCUUCAUCACCGUCUUCACCGACGCCUUACCCUCGUGGCACUGCACUCGGGCCGAUAAUGCCUGCGCCGCCGCCGCCGCCGCACUCUGCGACCUCCCCCGGGAGUCCUGGGCGUGGGACGGACCCGCGCACGCGUCCACCGUGUCGGAGUGGGGUCUGGAGUGCGCGAACACGGUAAUCUCGGGGCUUCCCGCUUCGAGUUUCUUUGUCGGGUGCUUGGUGGGAGGAUUCGGGCUGGCCUCGCUGGCUGACUCCUCGCUCGGGCGCAAGAACAUGCUCUUCUUCUCCUGCCUCCUCAUGGGCAUCACUUCUCUUCUCGCCACUCUCUCGUCCAACAUUUGGAUUUACUCCGCGCUCAAGUUCCUCUGCGGCUUCGCUCGCGCCACCAUUAGCACUUCCGCGCUCGUGCUCGCCACCGAGAUCGUUGGCAAACGGCGGCGCGGCCAGAUCAGUGCCAUCGGCUUCUUUUGCUUCACUAUAGGGUUCUUGUCCCUACCAGCCAUGGCUUACCUAAACAGGAGUUCGUCGUGGAGGAACCUUUAUCUGUGGACAUCUAUUACAACAAUUAUCUACUGCAUAUUGGUGAAGGUGUUCGUUAUGGAGUCCCCCCGGUGGCUUCUAGUGCGAGGAAGGAAAGAAGAAGCCGUGGCCACGUUGAAAUGCAUCACAUCAGUCACUCAAAGCAACCUCGACUUGGCCAUUAAUAACAUGUCCCUCAAGGAAGAAACUUGGAACGUGGAUUUGUUCUCUGCCCUCAAAAUUCUGCUACAAAACAAAUGGUCUUUGAGAAGGCUUGUGUCAAUUAUGGCUAUCGGAAUAGGGAUUGGAUUGGUGUAUUAUGGCCUCCCACUAGGCCUUCAAAACUUGUCCUUCAACCUAUACUUGAGUGUCACUUUCAAUGCCUUGUCCGAGUUACCCUCUGCAUUGAUUGUGUUCUUCUUCAUAGACAUGUUCAAUAGGAGAACUGCAAUCCUUCUCUUCACUAUCCUCAGUGGUGUUUUCAGUCUGAUGUCAAUCAUUGAAGUGAAGCCAUGGAACAAUCUGCAAAUAGGGUUCGAGUUGAUAUCAUUCUUCAGUGCUUGUUCUGCGUUUAACGUGUACCUCAUUUACACCACCGAAUUGUUCCCAACUUGUGUGCGGAAUUCAGCACUGUCUAUGGCAAGGUUAGCAGUGGUGUUUGGUGGCGCUGUCAGUCCAAUGCUGGUGAGUGCUGGAAGAGAGAACAAGUUUCUGUGUUAUGGGGUUUUUGGGUUGGUGAUAGGUUUUAGUGGGGGUUUUGGAAUAUUCUUGCCAGAGACAAAGGGGAGAGCGCUGUGUGAUACAAUCGAUGAAGAAGAAAACAAAGAGAAAAUGGCUGGUAACAUGUUGGCUUAA